GAUUGCUUUCCUGUGGUGAAUAACUACCUUUUUGGGUCAUUAUUGCAAUUGAACACAGUGCAGCUCCUUUUUUAAUUCUUUAGUCAAGUGGUAGAUUUGACUUCAGUCAGUGAAGUCCAGAUGCAUGAGUCUGGGUCAGAACCAACACACCACGCCAUUUUAGCUAGUCAGACAGAGAACGGGAAUUACACCGAGAAUGAGAGUCGACUGAGCAGCAGCCACACUCCUCCUCCAGAGGCACCAAGGGUUCCAGUGUCAUUGUCGAUGAUGACCCCACCAGCAGAGGCUCCACAGCAACAACUACAGCAGACACCACAGCAGCCAAUCCUCAAUCCUCAGCAGCUCCAGGCUCUACUGCAGCAGCAGAAAGCACUCAUGUUACACCAGGUAAUGCAUGUUCAUGCAAGUCGUAUAUUUUUUUUACGUGUCUUUGUCCCCCUGGUUUUAUUUCAUUUAAUAUUUCUGCAGCAACAAAUUCAAGAGGUCUUCAAGAAUCAACAAGAGCAGCUAAAUAUGCAGCUGCUCCAGCAGAAGAAUGCUGGGAUCGUCAGCCAAGAGCUGACAGCUCAGCAGAUAGCCAUCCAGCAGCAGCUCCUUCAAAUGCAGCAGCAACAUCUCUUCAACCUGCAGAGACAAGGCCUGCUGUCUGUCCUUCCCACCAGCCCUUCCACAGCUCCAGCUUCUGAGAAUGGUAGCAUUGUGUCCACGGGUGGAGACACGAGAGAGUCUUCCAGUCAUCAAUCUACCACCAAUGGUCAUCACACUCUCUUGAAGAGAAAAGAAAGCGGGACAAUGGAUGAAAACACACAGAACAGCCAUCCUCUGUAUGGAAAUGGCAUGUGUAAAUGGCCUGGCUGUGAGACUGUCUUUGGAGACUUUCAGGCAUUUCUCAAACAUUUGAACAGUGAACAUACACUGGACGACAAGAGCACAGCACAGUGUCGUGUGCAGAUGCAGGUGGUGCAGCAGUUGGAAUUACAGCUGAAGAAGGACAAAGAGCGACUGCAAGCGAUGAUGGCUCAUCUCAAGUCCUCUGAACCCAAACCCGCAGCACAGCCUGUGAAUCUGGUGUCUAAUGUAUCCUUCUCCCAGGCAACACUGCCCAAAGGCCCUCCUCCUAUGAGUCUGUCUCAGAGUGCCACAGCGCCGUCCACACCCCUGACGCCAGUCUCUGAGUCCCCUUCAGUCCUCACUCCCAAUAGUUUGUUCACUGGGACCCCAGUACGGAGGCGCUAUAGCCGCUCUGUGAGCCAAGGUAAUGAUAUAAUCGACAAUAAAGAGUUCUACUUGAGCACAGAAGUUAGACCUCCCUUCACGUAUGCCUCUCUCAUAAGACAGGCAAUAUUUGAGUCACCCCGUAACCAGCUGACUUUAAAUGAAAUCUACAACUGGUUUACGAGAAACUUUGCAUAUUUCAGGCGCAAUGCAGCUACUUGGAAGAACGCUGUCAGACAUAAUCUCAGUCUCCACAAAUGUUUUGUGCGCUUGGAGAAUGUGAAAGGAGCCGUGUGGACAGUCGAUGAGAUUGAGUUCCACAGACGGAGGCCGCAGAAAACUGCUGGUAAUGGCUCUCUGCUGAAGAACUCUCAGAACCGUCAGGGCUUAGGUGGAUCUGCUCUUCAGAGCGGCGAACUAGACGGCCUGAACUCCUUCUUUCAACCAGCCUCUAUGGGCAGCAUCCCACUGCACUCCCUGCCUCAUAUUCUUCAAGAGCAGAUGAAUGGAGCCCUUGCUAAUGGAUCUGGUUACCACAGUGACAGCAGUGCAACACAGUCCCCUCCACAAGCUUUCAUUAAAGAGGAGCAGGAGGAUGAGGAGAUAUGUGAAAAUUAUCCCUACGAAUCUCCGGAGAGCACGUACGAGCACGGCCACAGCCCGGAGAUGAACCCUGACGAAGACCACGACAGUCCGGGGAGGCACAACCUUCUUCUCGACCGCAUGCCUUCUCUCUGACCAGGAGGAGCAACUUCUCCACUGCGAGGCCGUCUUCACUCACAGCCCGUGUGACUUUGUAUUUUAAAAAACAACAGCUUCAUCUACAUAACCAAACCACUAUGUUCUUGGGGAGUUCUUUUAGUUUUUUUGUUUUUUUUGUUUCCAUAUUUAUCGACCUUCCUCUUUUUUGUUCCUUCUUCUUCUGAAUCUAUUCUCUAUUUUGUUUUUUCUGUACAGUAUCG